AUGAAGAUUAACGCGAUAAUUUUUGAAUACGAGUCCCAUCCUACGACUUCGCGUGUCACAUUUACAUUUCCAUUCGUUAUUGAAUCAGUGACAAAAUUCAUCCGUAUUGGAAUUGCGGACAAGAAUGACAAUCCACCAUAUUUCGAUAAGGAGCUGUAUGAAGCCGAGGUCGACGAAAAUGAAGAUAUACAGCACACUGUCCUCACUGUCACCGCCAAAGAUCACGAUGAAUGUAUUAUGAACCACAUAGCCCGGAGCUCGAUGAUAGAUGAGUUUCCUAAGCUAAGAUCAUAA